UCGUUCCGCACAUCCGACUCGGGCCCGCUGCACGCAGAAAGCAAGACGCACACGUCAUGGCACCUGUCCUCCGGAUGCUCGUGCUCGCGUUCGCGCUCCUGCAAACGGCGCCUGCGGCCGACCUCAGUGACACCGUCUUUGUGGUGACGGUGAGCUCCCGGGUGGAGGGGGGCAAACAGGAGACCCUGUGCGCUCAGGUCCACGGGCCCCCCAAUCCCGUCAACCUCACCGUUGCCUUGGAGACGGACUCCAGCAGGACCGUCCUCCUCCAGGAGGACGUCACCGCAGACUUCUACCGCUGCUUCAGCUUCCAGGUUCCUGUCGUGCGCUCCAGGACCGUGGCGACGGUCAACGUCACCAUCCAGGGGGGGGGCGCCCCCAUCAGCAUGGAGACCAAGAUCAGCAUCGAGCCCCCGGCCUUCAUCCACCUGAUCCAGACCGACAAACCCCUCUACAAACUGGGGCAGACCGUUCAGUUCCGAAUCGUCUCAAUGGACGUUCAUUUCAUCCCUGUGGAUCGAGUGUACAAUGUUGUGGCGCUCCAGGAUCCUAAUUCAAACCGCAUAGCCCAGUGGUUGAAUAAGACGGUCGCCAGCGGCAUCCUUGACCUCGCCCACCGGGUGAUCCCCGAGGCGGCACAAGGAACCUACACCAUCACCGCCUCCACGGACCAAGGAGAGCAAAUCUCCCACAGCUUUGACAUCAAGGAAUACGUUUUGCCAAAGUAUGAAGUAGAGGUGCAUCUACCCGGGGUGAUCAGCAUCCUGGACCAAGAGGUGAAGCUGAGGAUCUGUGGGAAAUACACUUAUGGGAAACCUGUUGUUGGUUCAGUAAAGGCAGUUUUUUGUAAACGGUUAUAUUGGUAUUCAAGUACCCAACACACGGACCCGUGCAAGACGUAUGAAAUGACUACGGACAAAAGUGGUUGUGCCACACAAACCGUGGACCUGAAAAAGUUUUCUAGUAAGGGGGGGCACAAUGCCAACUUCUUCUACCUUACCGCCGAGCUGCAGGAGUUCGGCACUGGGGUCGUUCUGAAGGGCGAGGGCCGCAGCACCUUCAGCAGUAUCGUCCGAAAGGUCACCUUCAAGGAAGUACCCACUGCCUACAAGACCGGCAUUCCAUUGGAGGGAAAGCUGACAAUGGUUGGUGCAGACGGCAAAGCUGUGGCCAACGAGGCGGUUUACCUGUUCCACGGCAGCCACCUGAACCUAACGCUCACCACGGACUCGAAGGGCGUGGCUUCGUUCUCUCUGGACACGACUCUCUGGACGGACACGGUGCAUCUUGUGGCGACUUCCAGAAAGGAGAAGAGCACCGAGCCCGACAUGUACGGUAUUCACAUCACGGCCGACCAGCGGGUGGCGCCCUUUUAUUCCAGGAGCAGCAGCUUCCUGAAGCUCGUACAGGUGAGCGGGAAGUUGGCCUGUGACCAGGACCAGGAGGUGCGUGCUCGCUACAUCAUCCAGGGGACUGAGCUAAAGAAGGAACAGGAAGUCCUGGACUUCUUUUACCUGGUGAUGUCCAGAGGUGGAAUUGUGCAGCACGGUCAAGUCCCAGUGGCUGUUAAAGCAGGAACUGUGAACAAAGGGGAGGUCUCCGUCUCCCUCCGUCAGGUCACCGGUCUGGCCCCCGUUGCCCAGGUGGUGGUUUACACCGUGAUGCCCGGCGGCGAGGUCGUGGCCGACAGCCACAACUUCCACGUCAAGCUCUGCCUCAAUAACAAGGUGUCUCUGAAGUUCUCGUCCCUUCAGGAGCUCCCAGCAGGGAGGACCACGCUGGGCCUGCAGGCUCAUCCGGGCUCCCUCUGCUCCGUCAGGGUCGUGGACCUCAGCGUCCUGCUGCUGCAGCGCGAGCAGGAGCUCACCGUGGACUCGAUCUACAGCCGGCUGCCUUUACAGAAGCUGUCGGGAUACGCCAGCGAUGUGAGCGACCCGGCUCCCUGCUUCAGUUGACCAAAAGCAGAACCUGAGAUGGUGGACGACGUCUACAGCGUCUUCAAAGAAAUAGGGAUCAAAAUUGUGACCAACUCGGAUGUGAAAAAGCCUCAUAACUGCGACAAAGUCGACCAGUUUUACUAUGAAUACGAAAAUGUAGGGAUAGCUUACGAGGUGGAUUACAUGAUCAAUGGUCUGAUCUCGAUGGAGACGGAGAUGAACGAGGGGGAACAGGAGAACAAGAAGGAGGAGGUGGUGGUGGAGAAGAAGGAGACAGUCAGGACCUUCUUCCCUGAGACUUGGAUCUGGGACCUUGUUCCUGUGGGGGACAGCGGCUCGGUAGACGUGGAGAAGACGGUGCCCGACACCGUCACCAAAUGGGCCGCCGGGGCGUUCUGCGUCUCCUCCGUGGGCUUCGGCGUGGCGCCAAACGCAGAACUGACGGCCUUCCAGCCGUUCUUCGUCAGCCUCACCUUGCCCUACUCCGUCAUCCGAGGGGAGGUGUUCACCCUCAAAGCCACCGUCUUCAACUACCUGUCCAAGUGCAUCAUGGUGAAUGUGUCGCUGGCCGAGUCGGACCAGUACGACUCCCGGCGCUGCGAUGGCUGCCGGUACCGAGCGUGUCUGUGCGGCGAGGAGAGCCGGACCUUCUCCUGGGUCCUAACGCCCACCUCUCUGGGUCAGGUGGAUCUGAAGGUCAGUGCUGAGGCCCUGAGGACCGACCUGCUGUGCGGUAACGAGGUGGCCGUUGUCCCCGAGGCGGGACAGGUGGACUCAGUGGUCCGAUCCCUGCUGGUGGAGGCUGAAGGGACGCCACAGAUGGCCAGUCACAACGCGCUGCUCUGUCCUGAAGGGGGGCCCGUGGAGAAGAACGUCUCCCUUCUGAUGCCCGAGGUGUUUGUGCCUGGAUCGGCCAGGGCCUCCGUCUCUGUUGUGGGGGACCUGAUGGGCCGGGCCUUGAAGAACCUGGACCAGCUCCUGGCCAUGCCGUACGGUUGCGGCGAGCAGAACAUGCUGCUGUUCGCGCCCAACGUCUUCAUCCUGGACUACCUGAGGAGCACCAACCAGCUGACGCAGGAGGUUCAGAGCCGCGCGACACGCUUCCUGGAGGCCGGAUAUCAGAGGGAACUCACCUACAAGCACGACGACGGCUCCUUCAGCGCUUUUGGGAAGAGGGACGAGUCUGGAAACACGUGGCUGACCUCCUUCGUGAUGAAGUCCUUCGGGGGGGCGCGGCCGUACAUCUUCAUGGACGACGCCCACAUCGGUGACGCCCGGCGGUGGCUGAGCCGCCUGCAGCGGCCCAACGGCUGUGUGCGCUCUGUGGGGAGGCUGAUACACAACGGCAUGAAGGGAGGAGUCAGCGACGACGUGUCGCUAACGGCCUACAUCACCGCCGCUCUGCUGGAGCUCCACGCCAAGGACCCGAUGGUUCAGGGGUGUCUGACCUGCCUGAAGGAGGCCAUGUCCGACCAGCUGGAGAACCUGUACACCUCCGCCCUGAUGUCCUACACCUUCGCCCUCGCCGGAGACAAGGACGCGAAGGCCGUGCUCCUCGCUCGCCUACAUCAGAAGUCCAGCACAGAGGGUGGCGGCCGCCAUUGGAGCAGAGCCGGGGCUUCUGGGAAAGGUCCGGACUCCCUGGAGGUGGAGAUGACGUCCUACGUGCUGCUGGCGCUGCUCUCCGGUCCGGCCGUGCCGGGCUUCGGACUCGAGUACUCCUCGGACAUCGUGCGCUGGCUGGUCCAGCAGCAGAACCCGUACGGGGGGUUCUCCUCCACGCAGGACACCGUGGUGGCCCUCCAGGCUCUGGCCAAGUACGGCGCCGCCACCUACAGCAAGGAGGGCGUCACCACGGUGACGGUGACGUCGUCGGGGGGUCCGAGCCGGGAGUUCACGGUGGGCGGGGUCAACCGGCUGCUGUACCAGGAGGAGGAGCUUAGCCAGGUGCCGGGGGAGUACUCGCUGCGGGCCCACGGGCAGAGCUGCGUGCUGGCUCAGGUCUCCAUGCAUUACAACAUCCCUCCUCCACCCGAUUUCUCUGCCUUCAACAUCUCCACCUCCGUGAUGCCCAAGUGCAACAUCAGCCGGCCUCAGCUGGUCCUCUACGUGCACUUCAGGUACCAGGGCAGGAGAGAGGAAACCAACAUGGUCAUCAUCAACAUCAAACUGCUCUCUGGAUUCAUCCUGGAUCAAAGCUCCCUGAAGCUGCUGAAGGGCGACCGCUCCAUGAAGCGCGUGGACGUGGAUGAAGGAUUCAUCAACAUCUACUUAGACGGGCUGAAGAAAGAUGAGACGAAGGUCCUCAGUGUGACUGUGGAGGAGGACGUCGCCGUGAGGAACCUGAAACCAGCUGUGGUGAAAGUCUACGACUACUACCAGACCAGCGAUGAAGCCGUCACUGACUACACUUCCCCCUGCGCCCAGUACGACGCAGAGAACGAGCUGUAGAAUCCGGAGCCAACAAAGAAACUUCCACUUGUGCUUCUUCUUAGAGAAUAUUUUUCCAUUUCUUCUUUUGCUUUGUGAUUUAAAGACAAGCAGACAAUGUUUUCUUUCUCUCUCUUUAAUAGAUUUGACAAAAUCCACAUUAUUCAGACAGAGAACCAACCCCAGUCUGGUCAGAGUAUUGUGUGACAGGAUCUACUUUCUAGGCAUAAAACAAGUCCUGUUUGUGUGUUGUACCACUUUAAAAAAAAACUAAAGGUAGAUCCAUACAUCACUACCAUUUGAGAUGUACCUUGACACACUGACAUAAAUGAUACAAAUGUGUACUCAUCUUUUAAUAAACUACUGUUCCAUUUCAAUAGCAGUCAUUAUUUCAUUUUUUCAUUCAGGCAGCCUCUUUACAGUAGAUUUAAGUUUCCUUUUCUUAAUCACAGAUCACCACGGUAACGAUUUAACAGCCUUGCCAGUGAUAAAUAGUUUGGUUUUGGGAAAGCCGGGGUGGGGGGGGGGGGGGGACAAAAUAUAUUACGAUUGUUUUAUUUUUUUAAGAAGUAAACAUGUCACUAUCUCAGGCACCACAACCAUAAAUAAUAAUAAUUACUGUAGCAACACACUUCCACAUGCUCAGAAUCACAGCUCCAGACCGAUGGAUCGAUACCUGCAGGUCACACAGUGGGGGGGUCACAUCCAUCGACCACCUUUAACUCAAUGUAUAUUAUACCAAACUUCCACAGCUGUAGGCAUCAUUUU